AAUGGACUGUAGUGUGGAACUUGACUUACAUAAACUUGAGACUUAGAAAGAAAGAAGGCUACAACAUCAAACAUGUCCAUCCAAAUCCAAUGAAUGUAUGUUACCUCUCAACAACCAAUAUAAACUCUCUCUCUCUCUUUUCCAUACAUACAGGAUCUCGCCUUCUCUGUUGCCAACAUGGGAGUUUGUUUGAGCGCCCAAAUUAAAGCUGAAACCAGCCCAUAUAACACCGGGUUCAAUUCCAAGUAUGUGAGUACGGAUGGAAAUGAUCUUGGCAGCGCCAAUAAUAAUUCAGCUAUCUCAGUGCCCCAGACACCUCGGAGUGAGGGUGAGAUCUUGCAGUCCGCCAAUUUAAAGAGCUUUACCUUCUCAGAACUUAGGACAGCUACUAGAAAUUUCCGUCCAGACAGUGUGUUGGGAGAAGGUGGUUUUGGAUCGGUUUUUAAGGGGUGGAUUGAUGAGAAUUCAUUGACUGCUACCAGACCUGGCAUUGGCAUUGUUAUUGCUGUUAAAAGACUUAAUCAAGAUGGCAUCCAGGGUCACAGAGAGUGGUUGGCUGAAGUCAACUAUUUAGGACAGCUUUCUCAUCCUCAUCUAGUGAGAUUGAUUGGCUUUUGCCUUGAAGAUGAACACCGCCUUCUCGUCUAUGAAUUUAUGCCUCGUGGAAGCUUGGAAAACCAUUUGUUCAGGAGAGGCUCAUAUUUUCAACCACUUUCUUGGAGCCUCCGUUUGAAGGUUGCUCUUGAUGCUGCCAAAGGGCUUGCAUUUCUGCACAGUGCUAAAACAAAAGUGAUAUAUAGAGAUUUUAAGAGUUCAAAUAUCUUGCUGGAUUCAAAUUAUAAUGCAAAACUUUCUGAUUUUGGGCUGGCAAAGGACGGACCAACAGGUGACAAAAGUCAUGUCUCUACAAGGGUAAUGGGUACCUAUGGAUAUGCAGCUCCUGAAUAUCUUGCCACAGGUCAUCUUACUGCUAAGAGUGAUGUAUAUAGUUUUGGAGUUGUUCUGCUGGAAAUGUUAUCUGGCAAGAGGGCAGUUGACAAGAAUAGACCAUCUGGGCAACACAAUUUGGUGGAAUGGGCUAAGCCUUACCUGGCAAACAAACGUAGGGUGUUUCGCGUGUUGGACACACGGCUUGAAGGACAAUAUUCAACAGAUGAUGCCUGUAAGGUAGCCACCCUUGCCUUGAGGUGCCUAUCAACAGAAUCCAAGUUCAGGCCAAACAUGGAUGAAGUGGUUACAUCUUUGGAGCAGCUGCAGGUUCCAAUUGUAAAUGGAGGCAAUCGAGAUUCUGGUAAUGGACCUAGAGCUCGUAGAAGAAGUGCUGAUAUAAAUGGAGGCAAUCAAAAUCCUUCUAGUAACGUGUCUCGACUACGUAGAAGAAGUGCUGACGAUAUUAGCCGUGUGGAGACUUCCAUAGCUUAUCCCCGGCCCUCUGCAUCCCCUCUCUAUACUUAAAUUGCAAAUACAGUAAGAAUCUUCAAACUUAGCAAAACUGAAUGUUCUGUGGCUAUGUUUAGGCCUGGGGAAAAAUCAUGCAUAUUUUGCUGGUGAUCACGUCCAUGAAUUCAGGCACCUGUUUUGCUGUUACACUGUACAUAUAUCAAUUAUAUUUCUCCUAAUAUAUUCCGCGCCAAAUUACUCUCUUGGCGAUUGCUAGUCCUCCAAUUAAUAUUUCACGUAUUCUGAGUUCUGUCAAAGUGCUUGUAACAAUCAUUAAACUAGAUGGAAAGGCAGGUAGUUUUGUAUGAUAGUUCUGGUUAGAUCAUUUUUGUUCUCUGUCUAUAUUAGGGUGGUGUGGUUUCCUAGUCUAUUUUGUAACACCUUGUUGCCAUGUGCGAAUUCUACAUCAAACAUACUAAUUACAUAUCUAAAGGCUUGUUCUCUAUUCUA